UAAACUUUAGUUGUUUGAUUAAUAUUUUGAAAUGUUUAUUUUCGUCCUUAUGCUACUUGUUUUAAGAGCGUGUUCGUGUGAUCAUCACAGACGAACAAAUCAGUUGCCAGAUAGAUCGACCAUAGUUCAUUUGUUUGAGUGGAAAUGGAAAGAUAUAGCCGAUGAAUGUGAGAGAUUUCUAGCUCCAAAAGGGUACGGAGGAGUACAGAUUUCUCCACCAUCAGAGAAUGUGAUUAUUCAUUUGGCAAAUGGAAAACGAACGUGGUACGAGCGUUAUCAAGUAAUGUCAUAUAAAUUAAAGACCAGAUCUGGAGACAAAGAUGACUUUGUAAAUAUGACUUCAAGGUGUAAUAAGGUUGGCGUUAGAAUUUACGCUGAUGUGGUUUUUAAUCAUAUGACUGGUGACCACAAAGGGAAUAAAGGUACAGGUGGUAGCACUGCGGACUUUCCAAACUAUUCGUACCCUGAGGUACCUUAUACAAGAGAACAUUUUCACUAUCCACACUGUAUUAUUAAUAAUUACUAUGACGUUAACCAGGUUAGAAACUGUCAACUCUUGGGACUUAAAGACUUGAACCAAACAAUGGAACAUGUACGACAGCGCAUAAUACGAUAUGCCAAUAAACUAAUUGAAUACGGAGUUGCUGGGAUAAGAGUGGACGCGGCAAAACACAUGUGGCCGAGAGAUCUCCGUGAGAUUUAUAGUAGGCUUCGCACUCUUAAUACUGAUUACGGUUUCCCGCCAAACACAAAGCCUUACAUUUACCAGGAAGUUAUUUAUUUCGGUAACGAACCAAUAAAACCACAAGAAUAUACACCUUUAGGGGACGUUACAGAAUUCAGGGUCGGAUCGGAACUUCAAAACGUUUUUCGAGGUCGUAAUGCGCUGAAAUGGCUGUUUUCUUGGGGGGAACAAUGGGGCCUAUCACCGAGUGACACCGCGCUAACAUUUAUUGACAAUCACGAUACCCAACGGAGUGGUAACGUAUUGACUUACAAGGAAUCGAGACCUUACAAGGCCGCUGUGGCAUUUAUGUUGUCGCAUCCGUACGGCGAGCCACGAAUUAUGAGCAGCUAUGCAUUCGACACCGCCGAUCAAGGACCGCCUAGUGAUGACAAAGACAACAUAAUUUUUCCAAGCAUCAAUGAGGAUGACACUUGCGGUAAUGGGUGGGUGUGCGAACAUCGCUGGCGUCAAAUCUAUCAAAUGGUCGCGUUCAGGAACGCAGUGAAGUACACUGCGGUACAAAACUGGUGGGACAAUGGCGACUGUCAGAUUGCUUUCAGCAGAGGUGAAAAGGGAUUUAUAGUAUUCAAUGGCGAAGCUUAUCCACUGAAUGCCACGCUAAAGACUGGAUUACCUAAAGGUGAAUAUUGCGACGUGAUUACUGGUAAAAAGCAAAGAAACAGUUGUACUGGAACUAAAGUAACAGUUAAUGACAAUGGUCUAGCUGAUGUUUAUAUUUCUAACGACGCUGAAGAUAUGCAUUUGGCCAUACAUGUAGGAAUUGAGGUAUUAAUAUCUAUAUAUAAAAUAAGAAUUACAUUUUGA